AUGUGCUUCUUACACGACGUCAAUGUGUACUUGAGGGCCUGCUGCGGCAUCGAGGAGGAUGAGACAGAGCUGCGCCAGCACCACCGCCCGUCGUACGAGUCGACGUCGAGGGUGCCCGCAAGCCUGUCCAGGCUCGACCUGUCCCCGCCGUCCGCCCAUCCUUGCUACCCCUCGCUCAUACAUGAUGUCUACACAUACUUGCAAGCCUGCUGCGGCAUCGAAGACGCGGACGAGACCGAACUGCACGAGCACGACCGUCCGUCGUACCGCUCGACGUCGACGGUGCCCGCGAGCUUGCCGGGUCGCCAUCCGGAGAAGCAGCACGCGCACGUCUCGCGCCCGGCGCAGGCAUACGCCCCAUACGCCCCCACUCGUCCACCGCAGCCCUCGCGCCAGUCCUCUCAGCCGUAUCAGCCCGCCCAAUCGACUCCACCGCGUGUGUCGGCGACGUACAAGCCGUACCCGGCUUUGCCAACCCAGACGGCUCAACCCCCUCGUUACGCAUGCACCACCCCGCCGGGCCGGCCUGCUGAGCCCGCCGCGCCCCGUCCCCCUGCACCAUCAUUUCCUAGUGCGAAUACCGUUUCCACAAGACCGACGUACCCGCCACAGCUUAUCACCCGGCAGCCCCAGCCCCACCACCCGCUAUUGACUGGUGUUCCCGUCUUGCGGCCCCCUGUGGUAGCCGCAGACGACGCGGAUGACCAGAGUGACUCCGACAUCGAGCCUCUUGCGGUGGAUGCUGACGGCGCGGACGAUCAGAGUGUCUCCGACAUCCAGUCCAUCCGUCAGCUACGCGUGCGGUACAAGGGCCCCGAGGAGCUACGCGCCCUCGCGCGGAAAAUGUAUAACCACCACAGGCGGAACCCGCGCAGCGUGGAGCGCUGCAACGCGAUGGCGGCCAGAUGGGUGUUUUCCGAAAACAACCAGGGGCGAGCAGACAACGAGAUCGACCUGCACGGACUGCAUGUGCGUGAGGCGCUCGACCACGUGGAGCAGGCGAUUGCUGCAGCGCGUAAGAGCGGCAAGGCGCAACUGAACUUCAUUGUCGGCCAAGGCAAACACUCGGCGAAUGGCGUGGCAAGGAUCAAGCCUGCCGUCGAGGAGUGGCUGCAAAAAUGGGCGGUGUUCUACGAGUUUGAAUAUCGCGGAGUUGAGAUCUUGAGAGUCGAUCGCGCGCCUGAGGACGAUUACGAGCGUGACUCAAUGUUGAAGGCAAGACACCGACUAGGCGUCGACUGUGCUGGCCGUGUCUUGUGCACGCCCUCUGCCCCCUCGACAGCCGUGGCGCGAGAUGGCCGCCAUGGCUGUGGAUCUCGCGUCGCCUCGGGACCGACACGCCCGCCUGUGAUACACGCCUGGCGAUAUGCGUUCUAUAUCUACUGCGCCCAUCGCGAUCGCUCGACUGGCCUCUCGUCCCCUCCCUCUCCCUCUGCCUGCGCCUCGGCGGGCCCCGCAACAAUGGGCCUCUUCACCCUCGGCGUUGUCGCGGCCGCCGCCGUCGCCUACGCCCUCUUCACUGCUUGCAAAGAUGACUCUGACGAGGACCAGCAGCCCGGACCCCGGCCCCCCUCGUACGGGGCAACGUCGAAUGCCCAUCAGCAUACUGAGUACCCGCAUACCCAGUUCCAGUACACGCAGACUUCGCGCUCGGCGCAGCCAGGCACCCCUCCUCAGCCAUCGCAGUCCUCAUACCAGUCCCCAGUCGGCGAGCCGUACCAAACCCCUCAACCGCACCAGGCAAAUCGGCCGACUCCAUCGUAUGCAGCGGCGCGGGCCACGGUCCCGCCUCCACCGCGCCAAGCGGCGCCGCCAACUCCAUCAGAUCAGCCAUCCCAGGCGGCACCGUCGACCCAGGCAUACCGGACAACGCAGUCUCCUCAGGCGACGCAGUCUGCCUCGACGUCGACGUACAUACAUCAGUCGCAUUCCCCCGUCCAGCCUCCCCGGUCGUCCCAGCCUCCUCAGCCUGCCCGGAGCCCAUGGGCUACUCCGCAGACCAGACCUGCUGAGCAGGCGCCGCGGCGGAACGAAUCAGCGUCCUUGUUGUCUGCAGCUAACGCGCCCACGCAACGGACAUACGCACCGCAGAUGGUCAUCCAGCAGCCCCAGCGCCGCGAUCCGCCCUCGUUCAGCGUCCCCGCCGCACGUCCCGCCCUCCAAAAUAUCAUCAUGGGCGCGCCGGCGGACGCAGACUCGGAAGACGACGACGACGACAGCGAUGGCAGCAGCAUCUCUGACAUAGAGUCCGUCACCCAGCUUCGCCUGCAAUACGAGAAUCCUCAAGCGCUGCGCGAUCUUGCGCGCACCUCGGGCGACCAGCAGCGAGUGUACGCGAAGCAAAGCCGGGCGUGCGCGCGGCGGGACCGCGGGCUGGCCAGGGAGUUCACCAAGGCUGCGAAGGCACACGCGCGCAAGGUGAAGCGCUACAACGCGCGGGCGGCUAAGUGGGUGUAUGCCGAGAACAACAAGCGGCGCAGGAGCAACACGGUCGAUCUGCACGGCUUGUAUGUGGCCGAGGCGCUCGAGUAUGCACAACGGGCCAUCGGGGCAGCGCGCGAGAGUGGUCAGGCAAAGCUGAGCCUCAUUGUCGGCCAAGGUCAACACUCGGAAAACGGCGUGGCGAAGAUCAAGCCUGCCCUCGAGGGGUGGCUGCAGACGCGGGGCACGGCCUAUAGGCCCGACGAACGGAACCCCGGGAGGCUGGUCAUCACCCUGGAUGGCUGA